GGAGUCGUCUGCAUGGACUCUUCGCGGUCUACAAGCCACCUGGAUUGAACUGGAAACAUCUGCGGGACACUGUGGAGUUUAAGCUCCUGAAGGGUGAACAACUUCGUUCCCUGGCCCUUGUACUCCUCCCUGGUUCCUUUCCUCUUCUCUAUGGCCGGCUCUAUGCACUAAUUUCACUUAAUGCUUCGAACACUUAGUCUUAACUUAAAGAAACAAUAUACCCCUAAAGAGCACAUCAGAUUCCUGCUUGCCCCCAAGGAAGAAAGUGAAGAGGGAGAACUAACCCUCAUAGCCAAAAGUGUUCCAGCCCUUUCUGAACACUCAUUAGUGAGAGGGCCAAAAUACACCAGUGUGAAGGUGGGCGUUGGGCACCGACUGGAUGUCAAGUCAUCUGGAGUGCUUGUGCUCGGUGUGGGACGUGGAAACAAGCUGCUCACAGACAUCUACAAUGCCCAUCUCACCAAGGAUUACACAGUUCGUGGGCUCCUGGGCAAAGCCACAGAUGACUUCUCAGAUGAAGGAAGACUGAUUGAAAAGACAACUUAUGAUCAUGUGACCCCAGAGAAGCUCAGCAGAAUCCUGGCAGUCAUCCAAGGCUCCCAUCAGAAGGCAAUGGUAACGUAUUCCAAUCUCGACUUGAAGACUCAAGAGGCCUAUGAAAUGGCUGUGAAAGGGUUAAUCCGGCCCAUGGACAAGAGUCCAAUGCUGAUUACAGGAAUCCGAUGUCUCAAAUUUGCUCCUCCUGAAUUCCUUUUAGAAAUUCAGUGCAUGCAUGAGACCCAGCAGCUGCUCCGUCGAGUGGUGCAUGAGAUCGGGUUGGAACUGAAAUCGUCUGCCGUCUGUACCCAGGUGCGGCGGACCCGAGAUGGAGUCUUCACCCUGGAGGAUGCCCUCCUGCGGACACAAUGGAACAUUCAUAACAUUCAGACAUCGAUCCAAAAAGCAGCCCCUCGAGUAGAAGCAGAGCUUGAAAAAUGCCGGACUGUAGCACUGGGCCAUCCAGACUCUGUGGGACAAUCUGUUUCCUAACAUCCAGGUCACAAACUUUUCCCCUGCGCUAGGCAGAAUGAGGCCCACAGCCUUAGGAAAGAACAGCAGGAGAGAGUGCUAGAUGGUGUGGGAGCUGGCAAAUAACUGGAUUGCAGGAUUGAAAGUCAGGACCUGACUGAGGUUAGAGUUCACUGACUGCCAGGAGGAAGACUUGGGACACUUUAAAAAUCAUCCUUGUGUAUUUAGUAAGUAAAAGGUCCUGCCCCCUGGCUUUGGUAUAAGGAAAUGACUUGGUCUUCUUAGUCUAGCGAGCAUAGCUGAGAAGAGGGCUUAAAGGGCUUCUGAAUCAGCAUUUUAAAAUCCUGUUCCAGAGAUGUACUUUUUAGCUGAACUUAAGAAAGGCUGGGGCUCAUCUGUUUUUUCUGGGAUGGGGCUAGUUGUGAGGUAAAGAGAAAGGUGAUUGCAGAUUAUGUUGUAUGUUACCUAAUGACCUAGAGAUUGGGGACUAGAAAACCCUGCUGAAGGGACUUCGUAAUUCUAAUUUUUCUUCUGCCUUCUUUCUUCAGCCUCCCUCUCCCUGACCCCACCCCUCCCGAUUAUUGUAUAUAUUGGUGUCAGAGACCGAUUUAGACCGUCAGAGCUUCUAGAACCCUAGUCUUAUAGGAAGAUAUGGGCUAUGCUUAGUAAUAGGUCACAAUAAAUAGUAAUUGCUGAUAAACUUAAAACAUCAGCUCCACCCAUUAUUACUCAUACCAUCCUGGUCCCCUCCAGAAGGUAUCCACCCCUUUUGUUAAGCAAACUAAGACUUUUGGCAUGUUAUACUUCUAACAAAUACAAACUCCCAUAAAAUCCAAAUCAAAUCAGAUGCCUUUUGGUCUUGAUUCUCUCUAUCAACUUGGGCUUAGGGAUGGGUUAGAAGUAUUCAUUUCUUCUCUCUUUUCCUCAUUUCUAUUCUGCCUGGAUAGCUAAUUUUUAGAAAGCUCUAUUUCAAGUGUAUCCUUCACUUUGCAUAUAGUGGAUAUUUAAGAGUUCCUGCUGAAUAGAAUUGAAUUUCCACCCUUUCAUGUACUAAGGCUUAGAUUUUUCAGUCAAAACUUUUUUUUUUUUUAAGUAUCAUUCAUCUACUCCUACAUGUUUAUAGAAUGCUUUCUAUGUAUGAGCAUUUGACUAGACUGUAGGUAAUGUUCAUAUAAGACACUUCUUAGAACUUACAGUGUAAUGAGGGUAGGAGUAGAAUAAGAGAUAUAUACAUUUAAUAUAAUAGAUAUAUGAAAAGAAUUGUAAGAGCAGUACCAAAUAUUGUGAUUUCAUUGGAAUAAAAUAAUCAUUUCAGGAUACUUUUAUGCUUA